AAGUAGUGGAAAAGGAAAAAAGGCAAGCCCAAGGCCAUCUGUGAUCUGUCCUCUGCCUGCUUUUCUUUCUACUAUAGCUACCCGGACUUAAAAUCUCAGUACCAUUUUCCAGAGAGAGACAGAGAGAAAGAGGAGGGAGAGAGAGAGAGAGAGAGAUGUACUAUUACUAUUACUCGGGAAGAUAAGCAUGGAAUUUGACCAGAGGAGCAGAUACCCAACUCAUAUCUCCCAGUCUUUAUUCACCGGAAAACCACUCCUCUCCUUACUUCCUUAGUGGUUUUCCGGCACCAUCCACCGCAUGGCAGAUACCGGCUCUCUACGUUUUCCGGGAAAUCUGGACCCCGGAGCCCAGGAGUUCAGACCCAGUAACCCAAAUCGGCACCCCAACCAAAUACCCAUUUUUGGGCCUCCUCCGCCGCUGCCACAACUCCUACCACUUUCUCCGUCUCCCCACCAGGUUUACUAUCCCUACCCACCACCGCCAAUCAGCGAAGUUGUCCCGUACGCGCCGUUCUCCGCACCGGCCACAUACGUUAGCGCGGCGGCUACUGUAUGCGCACCGUUGCCGCCUCCGACAGCGGCGGCGACGAGGGCAGUGCUUUUGAGCGGAGUGCCGAGUGACGUCAGCGAGGGGACUGUGAGGAGGGAGAUGGAGGGGUUCGGGGAGGUGAGGUGGGUGCAGAUGGACAGGGCGUGCGACGGGAUCGUGACCGUCCACUUCUACGAUCUCAGGCAUGCAGAGAGGGCGUUGCGCGAGAUUCGGCAGCAGCACAUGCAGCUGGAAGACAGGAUUCGCAACCACUACGCCGCCUUGUCGUUCGCGACGGCUACAUCAGCUCCGCCACUUUCUAUUUUCCCGCUUCCGUUUCCUCCUGGUCGCGGGCUCAUCGCCGGGCAGGCCGUGUGGGCCCAGUGCGUCAUUCCGGCCUUGAAAGCCGUCCCGGACGGCCACAACCAGGGCACAAUCGUCAUUUUCAAUUUGGACCCGGCCGUCACCUCCUCUUUGAAAGAUAUAUUCCAAGCUUUUGGUGCUGUAAAGGAAUUGAGAGAGACGCCCUCGAAAAAGCACCAAAAGUUCAUCGAGUUCUUCGACGUCAGAGACGCAGCGAGAGCUCUCGAGGAGAUGAACGGCAAAGAAAUCAACGGAAAAUCAGUUGUCAUUGAAUUUAGUCGGCCUGGCGGUCACAGUAGGAAAUACUUGAAUGCGGCGGCUCACACUGCCCCCACUCUACUCUCGCCUCGCAAUGCCAUUGGACCACCGCAGCCGGCGGAAUUGGCUGUAAAAUUCUCUAGACGCUCCAACAGUUUUAGCUUGGCGACGCCGCCGCCUCGUUUGUGUACAUCCUCAUCACAAGUGCAGUUUUCGUCGAGUAGGAAUAAUAAUAGAUCAAAUAAUUCUAGCAGCAGCAAGGGAAUAGUAAUUAGCAGAAACAAUGUUGAAUCUAAAAUGGCGGGUUUGAAUUUGGAUGGAAUUCAAGAGAAGAGGUGUUCUUCUUCGAAGAAGAUGAGUUGCGAGAACUCGGAGAGCCUGCAGGCCAUUCUAACGAGGCCGAAGCAGCCGAGGAGCAGUAGGGGGAAGAAGGGAAGACAAGCGAAGAAGUUCGAUUCAAAAUUUUUAAUAAAAGAAGAAGCUAUAUCCGAAUCCACCAGCGGAGAAACCAGAACCACCGUCAUGAUCAAGAACAUACCCAAUAAGUACAGUCAGAAGCUGCUGUUGAACAUGCUGGACAACCACUGUAUUCACUUCAACGAGCAGAUUAUUAGCGACGGCGAUCAUGGUGGUGGUGAUGAUGAAAAGCAGCCCUUCUCCUCCUACGAUUUCGUUUAUCUUCCCAUUGAUUUCAAUAACAAGUGCAAUGUGGGAUAUGGAUUCGUGAACAUGACAUCCCCGGAGGCAACAUGGAGGCUGUACAAGGCAUUUCACCAUCAACAUUGGGAAGUCUUCAAUUCCAGGAAAAUAUGCGAAGUCACAUACGCUCGAGUUCAGGGAUUGGAGGCGUUGAAGGAGCAUUUCAAGAACUCGAAGUUCCCGUGCGAGAUGGAGCACUACCUGCCAGUGGUGUUUUCCCCGCCUCGGGACGGGAAGCAACUGACCGAACCACUUCCCAUUGUUGGCGUUGGCGCCCAGAAUAAUAAUAAAACGCACUCCUCCACCACCACUUCCUCCUCCUGCAGCUCCUCCAUUUCUCAUCUGCUCCCGCCACCUCACCAUCACGAUAUUGAUUACGACGCGCCUCUGUCCGCGUGUGAUACGGACGAGGACAGCAACCGGAACGCCGGCAUCAUGGCGGACGAUGAUGACGAACGAUGCCGCUAGACAACUACCAUCUCCUUACCUAACAAGGAAGAAGUCAAACGGCUUACCACAAGCGACCUCCACCGCCGUGUUGUAUCAGUCUCGUCAGUCUGCAGCAGUAUAUAUCGAACCUCAUUGAUAGAUGUGAUGGCUACCCGCCGCUGCUCCUCUAGGUCUUAGCUUCUGCUCCCGACCACCACUCUCCGCGAGUUAUCGUUGAGCUCCGAGCCUGCCCGCCCUACCUCUACUUAUAAAGUCAUAGCCGAUCUCUCUCUCUCUCUCUCUCCCUCCCUCUCCAUCUCCCCCUUCCCUUUUCCUGUCAUUCUCAUCAGGUUUAGCAGCUGACUUGACCUGUGCCCGUCAUUUCCAUUAAAUAGUAAUUACUCUCUCUCUUGUUUUUUGUUUUUUUGUUUUUGGUUCUUUGAAGUUUGACCAGUGAAGUUUGUACCACCAAAAAUGUAAGGCCUAAUGUUUAUUUCUUAAUUUUCUAUAUGCAGUAGUAAUUUUAGUGUAA